AUCAUCAUAGUCAUUGUACCCAUAAUCAUCUGCACGUUUAGUUUGAUUUCAUAUUUUCGUUACCAUUCAUGAAAAAAUACAUUGAAAGUAUAAUAUAUACAUUUUUAUUGCCAUAAUACCUGCACGCCAGUUCUUUUCUCUCGAAUCUCUUCCCAGUUCCCGGCGUUGCUGUUCAGCUUUUGAAGUUCAACCUACGUGUCCAAAAGUUCUACCGCCGAGCGGAAUCGUAAAAGGCCAGUCGAGUCGACACAAGAGAUACGAACAAUACGUAUGUCAAUCCAAAAUCUCAACGUAUUUGACCCGUUUGCUGAUGCAAACAAGGGUGCAGACGAUGAUGUUCAAGAUGGGCUUGUUCAUAUAAGAAUUCAACAGCGUAAUGGCCGUAAAACAUUGACAACGGUUCAAGGUCUAUCAUCAGAAUAUGACUUGAAGAAGAUUGUACGCGCUUGCAAAAUGGAGUUUGCGUGCAAUGGUACAGUAGUUGAUCAUCCUGAAUAUGGUGAAGUGUUACAGUUACAAGGAGACCAGCGAGAAAAUAUUUGUCAAUGGUUGACUAAAUGUGGUCUGGCCAAGUCUGAUCAACUAAAGGUCCAUGGUUUCUAAUACUUUGUAUAAUUACUUUACUCAGUCAAACAAAUUACAAUAAUUAAAAAAUUAAAAACAUGCGUUAAUAAAUUUAAUGUUUGAUUCUACUGA